CUGUUUUUGCUUUCUUCCUCUCCACACACGUACAGUGGCAUAAUUGCAUGAAGAAAUCUUUGUGUAAUGUCAGUUUAGAUCAUCGGAGUUUGUAUCUGUCUGGGAUUAAGCUUUUGUUUAUGCAUCUUCUUGCAGACAGGAUGACACUUUUACAGGUCUCUAUGGGAACAACAUGCAGCUUGUACAGAACAUUUUGAGAUUUUAAUGAUGAAUACCUAGCGUAAAGAUGGUCCAGAACAUUUCCAGGUCAUGGGGUGUCACCGGGGAGAACGCAUCCAACCAUUGCCCUCACAACAACCUGAGCAAGUGGGAGGAGCAGAUAGAUCAGAUGUACACGUACUUCUACCUGCUGCUGUUUGUCCCCGGACUGGUCCUCAACACCACCGCCCUCUGGGUCCUCUGCAGAUACAUCAGUAAGAAGACCAAAGCGGUGAUCUUCAUGAUAAACCUGGCAUUUGCUGAUCUGGCACACAUCCUGUCUCUGCCUUUGAGAAUCUACUACUACUUCAACCACCACUGGCCUUUUGGGCGCAGAGUCUGCCUGCUCUGCUUUUACCUCAAGUACCUCAACAUGUACGCAGCCAUCAUGUUUCUGGUUUGCAUCAGUGUCCAGAGAUGUGUAUUUUUGCUUAAACCUUUCUCGGCGCGGCGGUGGAGAAGGCGUUUUGAUGUUCUGAUCAGUUUCAUCGUGUGGGUGGUGGCAGGCCUGGGCUGUUCUCCUUUCAUUUUGAUGCGCUCGUCUUCGAACCAACAACCCAAGAUUUCCACUUUAAACCAGUUUCAGGGCUUGAACCAGUCUGUGCCAAACAUUGAAAACCAAACGACAGGAUGCUUCAAAGAUUUACCCAUGAGGCACGUCCCACUGUCUACGGCUAUAAUAAUAAUAACUCUGGGUGAACUUUUUGGAUUUCUUUUACCUUUUAUCUGCAUAUCCUACAGCUCGCUUCGGAUUGCGCACUCCCUCACGCAAAAACAAAAAAUUCAAGAACAAAAUAACACAACGAGAAACAGAUUGUACUCUUUCACUUCAAAUGCUGACGUUGACUUCCAGGAAAAACAAACUAAAGAUGAGAAACGGCGAGCUUUGAGAAUGGUGCUCAGCUGUACCGGUCUUUUCCUAUUUUGUUUUGGCCCGUAUCACGUCAACUUCUUGCUGUACUUAUUGAUGUCACAGAAUAUUUUGACAAAUUGCAGAGUCAUAUUAGCUGUAAGGCAGUUUCACCCCAUUUCUUUGUGCAUAGCGAAUUUAAGUUGCUGUUUGAAUCCAAUCUUGUAUUACUUCCUAACAGCUGAAUUUCGGAUGCACUUCACGCAGCGGACCGCCUCCUUUUCGGAAACGUUCCUCUCCUCGCCUCUUAGCUCUCCAAAAUAUAGUUCAAGCAGGUAUAAGCCAAAACGUAUGGAUAGUACUUUGUCCAAUUUUUGAUACCUCAGGGACUUCAUUUCUAUUCUAAAAAACAAAUGUUGUGAAAUGGCACAUAUUAAAAGUCCUAUAUCAAGAAAAAUGGACUUUUGUGAGCUUUACGCCAUGUUAAAAUGUUGUUGUCUUCAUAAAAAAAACAUACCUGGAGUUGUGUUUUGUUUCAUUCACGCAUGUUUAACACACAUAUCCUAAAUCCUGCAUAUUUAAGCUGAUGUGAUGUCAUGGUAAUACAGGAAGUGCUCCACUGUGUCCUUCACUAGAAUCAUAAUAAUAAUAAAGGGUUACUCAAACAUGUCAUGUAUGAAUGAAACAAAACACAACUCCAGGUAUCCUUUUUUUUUUUUUUUUUUUAAAUCCCUCAGUCGUCCAGGUAGAAUCCAUGGCGAGGAGAAAAUUCAGUUUGUUGACUGGACAAAAGUUAGUUUGCUUGAAGAUGUUUAAAAGCCACAGGCCACUCAUUUGAGGACAGCGACGUACAUAUUUUAGCCAGAGAAAAGAAUUGGUUUGAGAGGGGAGUGAAAGAGGCCAUUUUUGUUAAGAAAGAGAAUCCUUCUCUAAACAGAAAUGGAGGACUUAGACACCAUCUAUCUCCUAUUUACAACUCCAUCCUCAACCCUAAAUCAAAACUAACAAAAGAACAACAGGUGUAGUCAGGUCAGGUCCAGAGGUGAGGGAGCACCGUUAUGACCAUGAAUGCUAAUUAGACCCCACACCCUGCACAGGUCAAUAGGCCGAACUAACAAACAGAAACUGUAAACAAGUAAGUGUGUUAGUUUCAGUUAGUUAGCUCCUCCCUGCAGAUAUAAGGAAGUGUCCACCAGCGUCUGACCAGAACUGAAGAAGCAGCUUGGAUAAGCUCCGAAAUGUCUUCAAACAAAUUAACUUUUGUCCAGUCAACAAACUGAAUUUUCUCUUCGCCACAACUCCAGGUAUGUUUUUGAUGAGGUAAUAGCAUUACGGUAACACAACUAAAAGCCCCAAAAAGAAUAUUUCUGAGUAAUAUAGGACCUUUAGGAUAAUAUAGUUUAUGGGUCAAAGUUCAGUAUAACUAUGGAAAGCUAGAAGACGUGUAAACUGAAGUCUGCAAUGUCGUAACACUUCCCACAUUUGAGCCUGAACUGCAAAGAGAUCAGUGACCUCAGUGUCCAAGCCCCCAUAACCCAAGAGCUUCCUGUUGAAAAUAAAACACCUCAUCCAUCAAAAACUCCCAAUUAAAGACCCUUUCUUACUGAGCCCCACAUUGUUUUAGCAUUACCAACUCAUCACAAACACAUCUAUUCUGGGAAGACAAUAUUUGAGUUGAUAUUAUCUUGAAAUAACACACAUGGGAUUGGGAGUGGAAAAUGAAAAAAAGACUUGAUCAUGUUCUGGGAAUUUGCGCUUUUGUUCAGACAGAGAUCAUCAUUUAUCUUAUAACUUUUUCAGAUUUUUACCCCUCGGAGACAAAUACAUUUAUCUGAAUUCAGCAAGACCAAAAUGUUUCAUGCCUGUACCUAAUUUCAAUACCAUAUUUUCCGCAUUAUUCGGUGCGCUGGAUUAUAAGGCGCACUGUUAUAGAAUGGUCUAUUUUCAAACUUUUUUUCACAAAUAAACAGCCCCGGACUUUAAACGAAACACAACAGUUCGAUGGGUCAGUGGGUCUUUGUUUGGCGCGUUCACGGUGACUCUGGGCUUUGUUCAGUUGUGGCGUGUAGGGAGGGUGCUGUCUGGGACCGCUGGAUUGUCGGCGUGUUCGCAGUGACUCAGUUGUUCAGUUGUGUCUAGAAGUGGCACAUUGCACUCCCUUUUUCGGUUUAUUCCUCCGUUCCGUUCCUCGUCUGAGUGGAGUGAUGAGUGUGUCUGUGGGUGUUUUUCGCUGUGCGGUCGCUGUCUGCUCCAUGCGUGUUUGCGUGCACUGCGGGUGGUGCGGCUUUGUAGUUUACUGAAGUCGUGCUGGGACACCCGAGUGGAUUCAUGUAUAGGGCGCUCUGAUUGUGGGGUGCGGUCGUUUUUUGAUGGGGUUGGAAGCUUAAGAGUGCGCCCUAUAGUGCGAAAAAUACGCUACUAAAGAAAUGGUCUCUCUAAAUUCAUAUAUUGUGUCAUAGUUUCUGUGUAAUUUAGCAAAUAAUUUAGUUUUAAAAUGGCUCUACUUAAAAUAUACAGGCCUAUGUUCAUAUUAUAAAAUUUAUUGGGAAAAAAGUGACACAUUUUAUCUAUUUAAGCUCAUCCUUCUGUUAUGUGGUGAAGGAAUCUCUGCCCGUCAGUAUGCAAAGAGGUACUGAAAGUUUAGAUGUGCAUGAGAUAAAAUAUAAAAUGUCCAAAAUCCCAAACUAUGCCAUAAGUUCAUUUUACCCGGCAUUAAGAAAAAGUGACUAAAUACUAAUCUUGUAAUAAAAUAAACUUACCUUUUUAAGCUAUCUUUGUACCAGUGCCACUUCUUCUUUUUGUACUUCAAAGUAUUUAGUAUUGCAUUGUAAAUAUAUGUAAAUAUAUGCAAAUAAAGUUAUGUUGUGGUUGUUACUGUU